GGGGGGAGUCGUUUAUUGGCAGAGGGGGGAGGGGCCAGACAGCAGGCAUAUUGCGUUCCACGUAGCAGAUUUAAUAAGUGCUGUCUGUGAUGUUUGGCAAGCCUGGUUUAUCUGGUUUAUAUCCAUCUACAAGGUUUGCGAACCCAUGUUGCCGAUUCAGUUCUGCUACAACCAAAAAGACCAGUGUUCACUUUCCGUUGAAAGAAAAUAUUCCUAGGAUUGGAAUGGCUGGAUCAAAUGAACCUGAAAAAGAAUUUAAAAGGAGUAAUCUGGAGAGGUGAAAGAAGUGUGAACAAUCCAGAUUCCAAGUUAGAAUGGAGACUCCUCGGUAAAGUAGCAGAUGAAGAACUUGAGAAGUGGGCCUAACAUUCUUCUCUUUGCCAACUGGUAGUCUGCUCUGAGAACCACCUGGUGCCAUGGGGAAACGUGAUAAUCGAGUGGCAUAUAUGAAUCCUAUAGCAAUGGCCAGAUGGAGGGGUACAAGUCAAUCUGCAUGCCCAACUAUACAAGAUUAUCUGAAUCGACCAAGACCCACCUGGGAAGAAGUAAAGAAACAAUUAGAGAAUAAAAAGAAAGGCUCCAAGACAUUGGCUGAAUUUGAAGAAAAAAUGAAUCAAAAUUGGAAGAAAGAACUUGAGAAAAGCAGAGAGAAAGUAUUAGGUGGAAAUGUCAGUUCAUCCAAAAGAAAAGAAAAAAAGAAAAAGAAAAAGAAGAAAUCUUGUAGGUAUACAUCCUCUUCAUCAAGCUCCGAUUCAUCAAGCAGUUCUUCAGAUUCUGAGGAUGAGCCAAAGAAACAAGGGAAAAAGAGAAAGAGAAAGAAGAACCAUUCCCACAAAUCAUCAGAAAGCUCCACUUCUGAAUCAGAAUCGCCAAGCAAGGAACUUCCCCUAAAGAAGAAAAAGACAAAGGAUGAAACUGAAAAAGAAAAAUAUACCAAAAGCUACAGCAAAAAAAGAAAGAAGGCUUGUCCUGAAGAAGAACCAUCCUCUUCAGAAUCUUCAUUCGAUUCAGAUUAUGAAGAGGAGAUGCAGGCAAAAAAGAAAAGAAAACAUGAUGAGCAAGAAAGAAAAAUGGAAAAGAUGAAGAAAAAAAAGAAGAAACAUCACAAGAAACACAGUAAGAAGAGGAAGAAGAAGAAGUCUAGUUCAAGUCACAAAUCAGUGUAACAUAAAGGAAAACCAAAUAGGCUUUCCGUAUUUAAAAUGAAACAAAAUCUAAAGAAACUUCAACUGUGAAAAUCUAGGUCAUAUUUACCAAAAUGCAUGAGAUUUCCUGUGUUAAUAGAGUUAUUCUGGACUUUAAAUUGCCAGAGAAAUGCCACU